AAGAUCAUCAUUUUAAUCUUGACAAUGCAGUGCGUGUUGUACCAAACUUAUGACAAGUAUUUUCAGUACUUUUUGUGAAAUUACACAAUUUAAUUCACAAACUGAAUCAAGUUUAUGCACACUGACUGCUCCUUCACAGACUCACCCCUUCUCCCAUUUUUUCAGGACAUCCUCGGCUGCGCAUUGAGUGCCCCCCUCACCUCAUACAAGACCAUUUAUGCCCUGCCAAUGCUCACCAUUAAAGAAGACAAAGGAACUGGAGUCGUCACCAGUGUUCCGUCGGAUGCUCCUGAUGAUAUCGCCGCUCUGAGGGACAUUAAAAAGAAACAGGCUUUGAGAGAGAAGUAUGGAAUUCAAGAUUAUAUGGUUCUACCGUUUGAGCCGGUAAGAAGUAUUUUUAAAGACCCCAUCCAAGGCUCAACUAUAAGAAAAGCCCAGUGGCGGUUUGAGAGAGUUCCAGGGCUGCAUUUAAUAAUAAAUAGUAUUUAAAUGUAAUGUUAAAAUUAGU